UUAUAUUUCACUCCCAGGCCAAUUUUAUCUAGCCAGCAUUUAAAAGUUUCAGGUCAAAUCAUGUGGAUAGUUUUUACGCUUUUAUGGUUACAUUCGGGUGAUAAUACAGAUGGCGUUAUUGUUACACGCAUUGUUCUUAAAUAUAAUUUUAUAGUAACUAAAACAUUGAAUACGUUUAUUUAUCAAGUAUUUUAAAUUCAUUUAAAAUAUUACCAUUAGGUUUCAAUAUUGACAAUAAAAACUAUUUCGUACUAAAUUUUUUUCUGCGGCAAUACUUUUUGUAGUGCUGCCACCUGGCGGUCACCAAACAGUUUCGCUAAUUCUGAUGGCGUUGCAUCCUUUUAUAAAAUUCCCUCAUUUCAUUUGGAUCAUUGUAGUGACUACAUGUAUAGGAUAAAAUAUAUCUUAAUAUUUUUAAACUAAAAUUAUAAACAUAAUUUACUUUUUUCAAUUGUUUCGAAAUCUUGUGUUAAUAAGUUUUUGUUUUGACUACUUCUCCUUUCCAUGACUUUUUUUUAAGAAAGCGGAAGUGGUUGGUCCGCCAUAAUCAUUCGUGUGGGUCUGUGCUUGUGUGGUUUGGUUGUAAAAAUACCGGUGCCAACCAUUAUUUUUAAUUAGUAUAAGUUAUGCGUAUGAAUCCAGACAUGGACGAUGAUGAGAAGGGAAAACUGUUCGUCGGGGGUCUUUCUUGGGAGACAUCUCAAGAGAAUUUACAACGAUACUUCUCCCGUUACGGCGAUGUGAUCGACUGCGUUGUUAUGAAGAAUAGCGAGUCUGGCCGCUCCAGGGGAUUCGGCUUCGUCACCUUCGCCGAGCCAGCGGUGGUCAACGUUGUGCUGCAAAACGGGCCUCAUCAACUUGAUGGCAGAACCAUCGACCCGAAGCCGUGCAACCCUCGCACGCUGCAGAAGCCGAAGCGCGGUGGCGGAUACCCCAAGGUGUUCCUUGGUGGACUUCCAUCCAACGUAACCGAAACCGACCUUCGGGUGUUCUUCGGCCGCUAUGGCAAGGUCAUGGAAGUGGUCAUCAUGUACGACCAGGAAAAGAAGAAAUCCAGAGGCUUUGGAUUCCUGUCUUUCGAAGACGAGAUUUCCGUUGAGAGGGUCACUCAGGAGCAUUUCAUCAAUCUGAACGGAAAACAGGUGGAGAUCAAGCGCGCCGAACCACGUGAUGGGUCUGGCAAGCUGGGGUCAGGUGCGAGUGGUAUGGGCGGCGGAGCCCUGAGCGCGCCUGGCGACGCGCCUCAAGCUGGGCAGUGGGGCCCUCCGGCCGCCGCGCCCAUUAACAUGAUCCAGGGUCAUAACGGCCAGAUGGGUGGCCCACCCAUCAACAUGCCAAUGGCUGGCCCCAACAUCAUGCAGGGGUAUCAAGGCUGGGGUACAUCCGCGGGUAAUGCUUCGUACGCGGGCUAUGGCGCCGCGGGUGCUGGCGCAGGGCCGGGUAACUACCAGGGCUGGGGCGCGCCCCCGGCCCCGCAGGCGCCGCCGCACGCGCCGGCCUGGCCCGCCACCAACAACUACACGCAGCACACGCAGCCCCCGGCGCAGGGCUACGGCAGCUACGCUAACUACAGCUCUGCGCCGGCGGGCGCGUCAGCUGGCGGCAGCUGGACCAACUGGAACAUGCCCCAGAACUCCAACUCUACCGGCUCCGGGUCGUACGUGCCGCUGUCGGAGGGCGGCGAGAUGUACGGCCGCGGCGGCGGCGGCGGCGGCGGAGCUGGCGGGCCCGCGCUCACUGGAGCGCUGUCCUCGGCCGCGCUGUCCAAGUCUUCGUCUGCUGACUACUCCACCUAUCAGCAGUACCCGCCCGCCUACCAGCAGGACCAGUUGGUCGAUCAGGGCCCACAAGAGUGGCUCCUCCAGAAAGACAAUUAGAGAUAAGGGCGGGUAUCGGAUGAGGGAAUGUCGCGAAACACUGGGGAUUUCUCACUAUGGACGGUCGGUUGUUGCGACGAUAUCGCGCGCUCAUCAUAAAGGCAUCGCACAGCACUAGAUUAUAAGCUUACCCUUAGUUCCGUUCGAUAAUCAUAUAUAAUAUUGCAUUUGUAGCCGUGCGAGAUGAUUCAAUCGCCUUGUUUCAUCUCAACACUUGUAAAUUGGCAUUUAAAGUACAAAUUAGUAAAAUUUGGAUUUUCUCAUAUUGUUACAGGUUCAUUAAUAGUUAAUUUUAUCGAUAAAAAUAAUAUUAAGAGCUGUACUUUAAGUGUUCAGAGAUGAGAAUUCGUCUAUUCUGUUAAAUGUAACCAGAGUACAUUAUUUACAAAAUUAUGUUAUUCAAAAAUGUCAUGGAGCAUUUACGAAUGCGGCCACAUUUUUAUUUUAAUGAAAUAAAAUCGUUCAUCUAGUAUAAUAUGUAUAAUCAUGAGUUUCCUCAUUUUAUGCUCCAUGACGGUUAAAGGACGCAUCGCAGCCGAAGCUCGGCCGAGUGUAGACUCG